UUGCUUCCCGAUGGUCGAGUGCACGGGUAAUAACAACAAAACGGUAAACGAGGUUUCAAAAAAAGCCGGCGAGUUAUUCAUAUCUAAGACGAAAUUUUCGUCUUCCUUUCCCAGAAUGAAGGAGAUAAAGUACUAUAGCUUCGAAGAGGUGAAGAAGCAUAACAGUCAGGGAGAUUACUGGGUUGUCAUCGAUGGUGGAGUUUACGAUUUGGGUCGUUGGGCUCCGCAUCACCCCGGCGGAGAGCUUCCGAUACGAUACAUGGCCGGUCAUGAUGGUACGGACGUUUUCCGAGCCUUUCACUUGCCUUGGGUGACUGAAAAGAAAUUGCCCGUGUUUAAAAUUGGUGAAGUGAAAGAGGAAUGCCAAUGGACGGUGCAGGAAUCCAGUCUGGUCAAAGACUUUCAAAAAGUUCGAGAUGAAAUCGAGCACUGUCUUGACACGAACUAUUGGUACUAUGCCGGGCAUGCAGUCAACUUGAGUGUUAUAUUUGCUUUGCUCAUCUAUGGUGUUGUGUUCAGUAACAAUGUUUACAUACAAGUGGCCUCUUCUUUGCUCGUGGCACUGUUUUGGCACCAAAUGGCAUUUGUUGGACAUGACAUUGGUCAUACAGCUGUCACUCAUGACUUGAAGACAGAUAGCUUGAUUGGUAUAUUUGUUGGCAACAUGACGACUGGUAUCAGCAUUGGAUGGUGGAAGAAAAGCCAUAAUGCCCAUCACAUUGUGACAAACUCAGUUGAGUUUGACCCAGACAUUCAACAUCUUCCAGUGCUAGCCAUUACUGACAAGUUUUUCAAGUCAGUGAGGUCCAUGUAUCAUGAGAAAGUUCUUUAUUUCGAUGGACUGGCCAAAUUUUUUGUUUCCUACCAGCACUGGCUGUAUUAUAUAAUAAUGGGUGUUGCGCGGUACAACUUGUACCUGCAGAGCUUUCUGUUAGUGUUUUCCUUACCCAAAGGAAGUAGAAAAACCCUGGAAUUACUUGGAUUGGCUUUCUUUUGGACCUGGUACAUUUACUUGUGUUCCUAUCUGCCCAGCUGGCCGGCUCUUUUCAUUUUUGUCUCUGUGGCUCACUUCUUUGCUGGGCUCCUUCAUAUUCAGAUAACCUUGAGCCACUUCUCUAUGGAAACUUAUCACGGUCAUCCCAUGGAUGCUUUCAAGAGCAAUGAGUUCCUUCUGUCCCAGCUGGCAACAACUAUGGAUAUUGAAUGUUAUCCCUGGUUGGACUUUGUCCAUGGUGGUUUGCAGUUUCAAAUUGAGCAUCAUCUGUUUCCAAGACUACCUCGUCACAAGCUACGUAAUGCCAAGGUGAAAAUUCAGGAGCUUUGUAAAAAGCAUAACCUCACCUACAGAUCUAAGACUUUCUGGGAGGCAAAUGUAGAAAUCAUCCAGAAACUUAAGGAGACAGCUACAAAAGCACAGUGUAUCUCUCCCAUCAUUUGGGAAGGAAUUAAUGCAAUUGGUUAGAAUGUAUAGCCAUUAAGUUAAGUGUAAUUUGAUGGUAAAGAGAAUGGCUUAGUGGAAUAAAGUCCACUGUUGUAGUUAAAGGUAUUCAGUUCUCUCCUCAUGGUAUUUAGUUAUUGUCACAAAAGGGUACAGCAGAUGUAUAAUUUUUUUUUUCUUAUCCCAUUUAAGUACAUUAAUUAUUAAUUUCCUUGAAUUCAAUUCAAUUGGGCAGUCAUAAUGACAUUCAUGCCUGGUUAAAUCAAUUUCAAGAUGAAAUGGUAGACUGUGGAUUGAGAAAUGGAAAAUUUUUUGGUGUGGUUGUCAUUCCCUCUCAGCUUUGUUCUAGGAAAAUCUCUACUGUGUUUGGAGGUGCCCUCUUUUUUUAGUAAGAAAUUGUAAUUGUUGUAUUUAAUUGAGGGAGGGACUGUCACAAAAUAUUUGUUUUUAGGGACAGUGGGGAGGGGGCAAGGGUGGGUUACAACUGCAUUUAGGGAGUGGCAGUGUGUUGAAAAAUUGCCAGUAGAAAUAGCAAGGGAAAAAAGGUAAUGUUAACUCUAUAAACUUUGAGUCUUGGGUAGGUGGGUUGGUUAGAUUUGUUAUUGAUGUAUCUGUAACUUAUUUUUCAGCAAGUUUUGAUACAGAGUGUCUCAAACUUUGAAAUUAGGAGUUGGUAACAUUGGGUAGUAAUUGAUUGAAAAGGUUAAGCCUUUGAGAGUUAUUUCUUGAGGCUUUGCAACACCUAGAACCACUGUCAAUGAUGUUACCAUAAUUUCAGUUUCGUUUUUUUUUCUAUUUACUUUUUUAAAUAUGAAAUUAAUAGCCUAAGGAUGGUUAAGGGGUUAUUAAUCUGUAGACUUAAAGAGAUGCCGAUCCUUUGUUCAUAAAUUUUGAUUCACAAUUGUUGACCCCUUCUUGCGCACUUUGUGAAUUUUAUGAAGGGGUGAAGAUCAUGACAAAAGAUGAUUUUGAAUCUAGACUGAAAUUUUGAGAAAGGACAUGAAUUAUAGCUCUGAAAACCUGUCACAAUAAUUGUGAUUGGAAGGAAAUUCUAUUAGAGAUGAUCACUAAGAAGUUGGUAACCCAAAAAAAAACCAAACAAAACAAAGAAACAAAACGAGGACUCUUGCCACUAGUUUCAAGACUGUAAGUUAUGUGUCGGACAAAAUGCGACCCAGUUAGAACAUUUUAAUGGAAUGUUUGGACUUGAGUCAAGAAAACUGGAUUAAGUACAUAAAGACAUAUGAAGCUCUGUUGUUCUAAGAUUAUAUUCUCUCCUUUUCUAAUCCUUUCCACUCUCAAGAUUCAAAUAACUUUUCUCUCAAUGUCUGUUGUACAUUUGUUACAACUAUAAACCAAUUUGAUAAUUUUUUUUUCUAUUUGUGCACCACCUUCCUACCUGAAAAAUACAUUUAUUUAGUUUGGGUCACAAAGACUUCCUCUGGCAGUAGACGGGGUGACUUUAAACCAUCUCUUGUUGUAAAUGAACAAGAGGAGGCCAUCUGUUCUCAGGUCAAGGCCUGCCAAGCAAAUUUCUCUUUUGUGGUUUCACAGGAUUAUGUUGAAACAACACUAAUUAAGAUGUAUCUUUUUUCAUACAAUUCUUCCAAGGAAGCUUACCUGAAAUGAUCAUGUCCCACAUGCUUUAAACCAGUAUUUUUUUGGCUCAAGUGUCAAAUUUUUUCUCUGGGCCAUUUUAUUAAAGUUAAUAUUUUGGACAGUUGCUGAUUAUAUUUAAUUGUUGGUUAACAAAGCAAAAUAUAUUUAAGAUAUUUAGACAAAUUUAUUGUUUGAAAUAUUGAGAAAAAUUUAUUCAAAUUAUAUAAAAAUGACUAUAUAUUUUGAAAAGACAUACUAUAUUACAAUUUUGACUUGUAUUUUAUCCCUUGAACUCCCAAAAGUGAUUGACUUGACAUUUAGCUAUAAUAUCCAUCCAUUAUACGGCAAAUGGGUAAUAAGAAUACUUAAACCUAUCAGGUAGCAGGGUUGCCACGGUCAGGGAAAAUCUUAGUUCUCGUCAAAGUCAGUGAAAAGUCAGAGAAUUUUGUUUUGAGGGUUCCACAAAGGUUUGUGAAGUAGUCGAUCAAGUGUAGCAAAUCGGAUAGAAAGUUUAAAAGCAAUGGUGAAAUGUAAAAGUGGAUUUGGCCUGUUUGAUAAUUGAUUUCAUUCAAGGUCAGUGAAAAGUCAGGGAAUUUUUUGGGUUUUAAUGAGUGGCAACCCUGGGUAGAAGUUGUUAUCCUGAUCUAGUGCCAAAUUCUCUGACUUAUUAAUUUGCAGUGAAAUGUGUAGCUGCUAGAGGGCAGAAUUAAGAAUAAUAUUUUGGGAGUUAAAGGGUUAAGUUUCCUUAUUGGUGUUUGAGCACAAAAACAAACUGCUAGUUAUUAGUUUCAAUCUACAUCUUGCAUGUACAAAUUUUACUUUUUGGCAAGACUUAGUUUUUUAUAAGAUAUUUGUGGUUUUAGACUGUAUGAAUCCAUAGCAACUUUUGGUUGAGACUUAAAAUGGCAUACAGGAUUUCUUAAAACUAUGAAAGUAACUUUUCAUAGUUCUAGGUUAUUAGAUAUACUGGCAGUUUAUUAAAUGUUCUUGUUUCUUGCCCA